AGUGCAUCGCUUCGGCGCUUGACAGGUUACAGUGAUUUUUUUAGUUCGCGUGCACAGGAUCAUGAAGAGUACACUCAUAACAUUCCUUAUUGGAGCUGUGGCGAUAUGCCGAGGUGCUGCACAAGUACCCAAAGCACCCGUAAAAAGCUACGAAAUAACCGUCGAGGACGAAACGAAGUAUCCUGAUAAAUCGAAAGAUUUGGAGCCCUCCGCCAGCGACAGGACUUUCCUCAUUGGCAAGGGUUACGGCGGAAUUAAUGGAUAUGGAAAUUAUCCAAGAGGCUUUUACGACUAUUACCGGGGUCAUGCUCCAAAUUCUGUCUACCGAGGAUAUUCGUCCGGUAUAAAUGGAAUCCUCGGGAGCGGCAAUGCUGGAUGUGGCUACGGGUAUGGUGGCCUUGAUUGUGAAUACCCCGCUGGACAGUACGGCGGUUACGGUGGUUAUGGAGGAUAUGGAGGAUACGGAGGUGGCUAUAGAGGAUAUGGAGGCGGUUAUGGAGGAUACGGAAGCGGUUAUGGAGGAUACGGAAGCGGUUAUGGAGGCUACGGAGGCGGUUAUGGAGGCUACGGCGGCGGUUAUGGAGGCUACGGAGGCGGUUAUGGAGGCUACGGCGGCGGUUAUGGAGGAUACGGAGGUUACGGAAGUGGAUCGGGAUAUGGAUAUGAUGAUGCACUCCAAGGGGAUAGUACAUACAACAGUUUAAACAAUUUCGGAGGUUCUUCCGGAUACCCUGGUUAUGGAAAUCCUUCAUACGCCAAUCACGGUGGUGGCAUCCGUGUAAUUGGGAAAAGCAUUUAAUUGUGACAAUCAAAUAUACUACGGGCCAAUAAGUAUAUAGUGUGGUUGCCCACCACCUCAACUCUAUCAUUAAAUAAACUGUUAUGUUUCUAUGAA